CCGUCGCUGCCCUCAGUGCCAAGGCGGCUCUGCGCAGUGCCAACCUGGCCUUACCUGUGAUGGGAGCGACUUCCUCACCCCUUCCCCAGACAUCCUAUUCGGGAGUUUAUCCUGCCGUGCCCACCCACUGGGACCAGGAUGGGGUACCUGGCGUGUCCAGUGUGUGAGCGGCAGUCACUGGCCAACGUGAGUGACUUACAGCUGCGUGUGGCCACUGCCCUCACACGUCUCCUUGCCUGUCCCAUCUGCAGCGCCUCCGUCAGCGGCCUGCAGGCUUUCCACCACCACCUGGCGGCCCACCUGCCCUCGCAGCUCAAUCCAUGUUCGGAUCCCGGCACUCCCACAGCCGCCCUCAGCUACCCGCUCACCAGCUCCCCCGAGGUCAUUCCCACGCUGGAACACCUGGAGAUCAGCGAUGGCAGAGCUUCGCCACACAGCCCGGUCGCCCUGGCCAGGACGGCGUCGGAGGCGCGGGAAUCCUCGGGCGUGACCAUGAAUACUGGCGGGGUGGUGCAAACUGAGUCCAGCGGCACCCACACCUCCGACCACACCCCUGAUUACACCUCCCCCCGUAUCACCGACCACACCCCUGGCCACACCCCCGCCCAGCCUCACAACUGUGACCUCUGUGGUCUUAUCUUCUCCUCUGAACACUUCCUGAAGAUCCACAAAGAUAUAAUUCAUGCUAAAAGUAGUUUUUUUGAUGUUACUUGUAAACUGUGUAAAAAAAAGUUCAAAGAUUUUGAAGCUUACCGUAACCACGUGCGGGAAGACCACAGUGAGCGUCGCUACAUGUGCGACCAGUGUCCCAAGACGUUUAAGAUGAAAGGGAGUCUGUUGGUCCACACCCGCAUGUUCCACGACCCCUCCUCCCCCGCCACAUGCCACAUCUGCAAGAAAACCUUCACCACCAAGGCCAGGAAGGAGCUGCAUGAGAAGCGGUAUCACGGUGCCGGCACUGACCGUCUCCCACCUGGAAAGACCUCCCCGCCCUCUCCUUCCUCCAGACAGCAGCGGCUCAAAAACUCCAGUCUCGGGGACGCCAGAAACUGGCUCGAGACACUCAUGAAUGAGAAUAAGUCUGCUGGAGAAAGCUGCGGCGGGCCACGUGAAGUUCCCAGCCAGCAGCGCCAACUGCCUCAGUCGAUCCACCACCAUUCACAAUCACCGCUGCAGUAUUCAUCACCACAGACAGCCAAACAGCAGACUGAACAGAGUAUUGCCACAGAACAUCAGACAGCAGACCAGUUUAUGAAUCUCCAACAGUCUCAGGAUCAAAGCACUGAACCGCUGCAAACAAAAGAACAGCUGCAGCAGCAGCCAAGACAUUUCCAACAGUCACAACUGGAUAUUCAGCAACAAAGCAAAUUACAAACUAAAGAAUUACAGGACCAGCCAUGCUGGGGACAUGACAAUCAGGCCUACAUCAUCCCUCAGGUCAAAACACAACCUCAGCCUCAGAAAUCGCCCUCAGACGUAUACUUCCCUCCAUAUAAAAAUAAUAUUGUGUUUCCGUGUCAGAUGUUGCAGCAGAACUUUGGUGUUGGUCGGCACCGUGCAGAAUACACCGACUUUAAAGAGGAGAAGAAAGUGGGUGUGGCAGCGCACCCGGUGCCAAUGGAAGCUCCCACAGGUCGCAUUGUGGGCAGCGGACAUUCACAAAACAGUCCUGUGGCCGUGGUCUCCCCACAGCCCCACAAGGCUGAGAUCCCAACCACCAGCGCCCACGUCCAAGACACUGGGUACUCCUAUACAGAAGCAAGAAGAAACAGCUUUCCCCUCGUUAGCUUCAACAAGCUAGGGCUCCCGCAUACCGAACCAGCCCGCCUCCAUCCAACGAACUACAUCAGCGAACACUCUCUGGCGGGGCCCGAGAGUGCUCCUGUGUCUGGUGGGCAGGCGCUUGGCCUCCCCGCCUUGGGGGAAAAGAUCCAGAGCACGCUGGCCGUGUCUCAGCACUUGGUCUACCAACACUGCCACAACAAUAUUGUGCCAAGUCUAAGUCCUACUAUGGCACUCCUUGGCGCCGACAGCAAGACGGGGCUACGAGUACCACCCCUGAUCAUACCCACCAAUCUCUACCAGACGGAAAAAGUGAAGGAAUCUCCCGACAGUCCCAUCCAAAUGAUGGAGGUGCAGAAGGAGAUGGGGACGUGUGACACGAGCCCAAUGAUGGAAGAAGAGAUACCAGACGGGAUAGAGGAUCCUCGGCAGGAGAGGAGCAUGUUAGGUCGUCAACAACGGCCUCAAGGGCCUGGUACGACUGCUCUCACCCUUACCAAGAAGGAGAGUGGGGGAGGCAAGGCUGACAACAAACAGUGGGAGUGCGAAGUGUGUAAGAAGUCCUUCACUACCAAGUACUUCCUCAAGAAGCAUAAACGUCUCCACACAGGCGAGACACCGUACGCAUGCGCUGAAUGCGGGAAGACCUUCACCUUCCAGCAGAGUUACCACAAGCACAUCCUCUACCACUCGGAUGACAAGCCGCACCAGUGUACCUACUGCGGGCGGGCCUUCAAGGAGAUGUCCACUCUCCACAACCACGUCCGGAUCCACACUGGGGAGAAGCCGUUCGUGUGCGAGACAUGCGGUAAGGCGUUCAGGCAGCGCGUGUCAUACCUGGUCCACCAGAGGAUCCACACCGGCGCGAUGCCCUACACUUGCGACGCCUGCGGCAGGUCCUUCAGGUACAAGGUGAGUCUACGCUCGCACAAGUGUGAGCCCAACAUGGCGUCCACGUCUGGAGGCGGCUCCAUCACUUUGCGAAAGGACGGGGAUAUCCGCGUCGACACCUUCAAGAUCAUCAACAACGCCGGCACCCCCUCGCCCACGCCCGCCGCCACGCCCCCGCGCCUCUCCCACACCCCCACAAUCACCACACAAACUGCGAUUGGAGUGGUGUCUCCGAAUUGUGGCGGAGUACUGGGAUCAGGCGGCGACUGUGUGGGGGCCAGUUCCCCUCUGCUCGUCAUGGGGUCAGUAAGGGACGGGACAAGGGCCAGUGGCGACCCCUCAAGCGGACCCACCAGCCCCCUUCCCCACCUCAACACCCUGACCAGCAGGAUAAAGACGCCUCUCGAAACCAUCGACCUAGCAGCCAUAUCGUGCGAGAGCGUCGGCUCCCACGACGACGGGAAGCGAUCGCCUCACAAGGUGCGGCCCGCCAGCGGCCACAAGGCCUCCAGCAGCGGAGGAGGCCACGCCGGCCAGGACCCCAUCUCCAUGGCCUUGCUUCACGCACUGGUGGACCCCCACCAGUGCCGCCAGCAGGGAGAGUGCCGGCCUCAUGCCCCGCUCUCACAGGACACUCUCCCCUUCCCAAGCCUCUCACCCUCUAUGGAUACCGAUAUUGAUCACGACAGCUUUCUUACUAACUUUUUGAUGUGAUGAAUGUGUCUUGUAGUUCUGUAUAGCCAUUAACAAGGUACAAAUAAAAAUUUGUAUAUAU